AUGGGAUUUAGGGGGAUUUUAAAAAUGAUGUUGACAGAGGUGCCGGGGAAUGAUAGGAAAACCAAAAAAUCCUUUGAUCCAUACAGUGCAACAAGCAAUUUUAAUGAAUCAUCUGCUUAUUCGGUGUUACUAUAUGUAGACAGUGUUAAAGUUGAGCUUAUAAAAGAUGAAAGAAAACGUCUAGUGAUCUUCCAUUGGAGUACAAAGAAGAUGAAGACGAGAGAAAAUUAUGAGAAAGAAGAGCUGGGAGAUUUUGGAACAAGAGAAUUGAAUGAGGAGUUCAAUGAGGAACAGUUGAAUAAGGAGGAUUAUAAAAUAAUGAUUAUGAUGGAGUUUAAGAAGCUACAAAUUUUGGAAGAUAUUAUUGAUGAUGAUGAUGAAGAUGGUGAAGAAGAAAAUGGAAGUGAUGAUGAUGAAAGUAUUAAAGGAAGUGAAAAUGACGAAGAAACGAGGAUGAGGGAGGUGAAGGUGGAGGAGUGGAAAAUGAAGAAGAAAAGAAUAAUGAAGGAGGGAAAAAUAAUGAAGGAGGAGGAGAAGAAAAUUAGGAAGAAGAUAAGGACAAGGGAACUGAAGGCGGUGAUAACAUUACAUGAGAGCAGGAAAAUGAAGCAGAAAAGAAUAAUGAAGGAGGGCCAGAUAAUGAAGAAUGAGGUUUUGAUGGAAAUAUGUGAUUGUGUGGAGGGUAAGAAUCUGGAUGGCAACAAAGUUGAAACAGUGAAGGAAAAAAUGGAGAAUAACCAUAAAAUGUUGAAGGUGCAAGUGUGGAGGGUAAGAAUCUGGAUGGGAAGAAUGUUGAAACAGGAGAAGGAAAAAAAAUGGAGAACAACCUUAAAAUGUCUAGAGGGGAAGAAUCUGGAAGAUAAGAAAGUUGUGGAAGGGAAGAAUCUGGAAGAAUUGAUGACAAAGUACAUUGAGGAUAAGCCAAUUCCAAAACCAAAAAAAGAGGAGAAGAAGAAAAAGAUAGAUAAAGAAAUGAAGGAAAAAAUGGAACGGGAAGCAAAGGAAAAAGACGAUAACCGAUACAAUCUAUUCAGGAAAUAA